CAGUUGAUUCAAGCUGACCUACCGGCGUUAACGUCAACAUUUCUCUGGAAUUUCUGGCAGUGCUGGUUCUGAACGGUAGAAAAGUGACGUUUCGAGACAGGUUUCAGUGAACGAUGUUCUGAGAUUCUACCUGGGCGUGAAAUCUUGACAAAAUGGACGAGGAGGCGAUGUGGAAAGAUUUCUAUCACAAGAUCGUCGAGGAGAAGGAGAAGGAGAAGGAGAAUGAAGAGCAGAAAUCGGAGCACGAGACAAGCAGAGAGCCCCGAAAAAUGGCGCAUUUCGAGAAGAUGGACGAGCAGCAUCCUUACUACGCGAUCGCCGCGGCCCGAAUGUGGCAAAAACCGGAAACUAAAGAAGUGACUGUCGCGUCGAUCUAUUGGAAAUUUGCGGCAUUCAACUUUCUUCAGAACAAAAGAAUCCAAGAAUCAGAUGGCGGCUUUUUCGAAAACCUCGGAACUCUACUGGCCGAGAAGGUGCGAGCGCAAGAGCAAGUGGAAGGACCCAUUCCGAAGAAGAAGGAUGACUUGGAAGCGGAAGAAGAAGAAGAGGAAAGCAAUCUGAGCGAGGUGGAAAGCAUCGAGGAGCCUGUCGAAGCACUUUUAGAGACUGACAGCGACAGGGACGAAAAUGAACACGCCACGAAUUUCUUGGCCGAGUCUAUGGGAUGGAACAUAGAAGAGCUAUACGCAGCCCUAGUGUACAUGACCCAGCACCAAAUUGGCUACGACGUCUCCAACGAAUGCAGCCAAGAUAUUCUACUGAAUCAUCUUCAAAAUGCGUUCAAGGUCGACAACGAAACGCACGAGAGAGUCCUGGAGGAGACAAGGAACCUGGAGCCACCGGAAAUGCAUCUGAACGUGGAAGUGAUCGAGGCUAAGGAGCUGGUGUCGAAGGACGCUAAUGGAAAGAGUGAUCCUUUCUGCGCCCUUUAUCUUGAAUCUGCACCCACGAGGAGGUAUAACACUGCUGUGAAGACGGCUACAUUGAGCCCUGUCUGGGAGGAACAUUUUGAACUGCCACUGGAGGAUCCAGAAAACGACGUACUGUGCCUGGAAGUAUGGGACUUCGAUGCAGCAGAAACGGUUCCAGAGAAGAUGAGCAAAGUGAAGGACGUGAAGGGUGUUCGAGGUUUAGUGAAACUUGCUAAAGAGAUAGCUGUCACUGCCACAACCGGAAGCCAUGAUAACGAAUUCAUUGGUCGUUGUAGAAUUCCUCUGAAGGACAUACCAACAACCGGCCACACAAUGUGGUACUCCCUCGAGAAAAAGAACAAAUCAAAACGCCGUGGCGUCGUAAAAUUAAGACUAGCCUUCAGCGCAGAGCACAACGCGCAGGUGGCUGCACAGGAGUACAGGCACCUGAUCAGACUGUUACUACUCCACGAAAUAGAGAACGAGAAGAUAGAGAAAUACUGUUGGUGUGGCAGAUGGUCCGCGCCUGCCGAGGUUCUGCUUCUUCAACACAGCGCACAACGAGGUUUAUUAGCUAGGAACAUUGCUCUGGCACAGUGGGUGGAGUACGCUGGGAUCCAUCAGGAACAUCCCCUCAACUUCACGGUGUUCAAUAAACUGGCGAUCGAUCUCUUAAGGCCGAUGGAGAAUGGCCUGUUUUCGGCUGAUGAGACCAGGCUGUUCUGGAACGCCACGAAGAAGCUACUGUACUCGUGUUUGAACAGUAUUCGCAAGAUCAGGAGGCUGACUCCGGGUGAUAAGAACACUAUGACGCAGUUGUCCGCCAUUUUGGGGAUAUUGUCGUCCAUUUCUUACCUCAAAGUUCCUGAAGACGUUAAUUUAUUCCCUCCAAAAAUGUACUCCUGGUUUCUGGACCCAGACGAGAGGCCCAGUGUUCUUCAAGCUUUAGAGUACACUGUUGAGCAGGGUGGAGCUGAAUGGUUCGAGCACAUCCUAAAUAACAAUUCCACAGAAAGCGAAUCAGACGAGGACCACCUAAAGUACCACAUAAAAGUGAUACAACUAGUAAGAGCGGAUCUACAAAAUGCCCUCGAUAAUUAUGACAAGCUAUUCAUCAAACGAAUCAACUUCCCAUACGCGAGGUGCCUCUACAUGAUGUACGAGAAGAGGAUCAGCGAUAUGUGCAUGGUCAUCAUUGAGGACGUUUGUGGCAGGUUGAAGAGGAUCGAGAUCGAGAACACCGAUGUGGAGCUGAAUUUAGGGACUACUUUGUUCGAGCUUUAUCUUGCGUUGCAGAGAUACGCCAUGGUUGGCGAAGUGCUCUGCGCAGAAGGACAGCUGGAAGGCAUGAAGGUCCAAAGCUACCACGAGUGGUUCAGAGCUGGCGUAGCCCACUGGUUAGACAUAGCAGUGUACAAGGCUCUGAAACGAAUAGACAGAGCCGUGGAAUUCGAUACGUUGCAAGCGGUGGAUAACACAGUUCAAUAUAGCUCGAGUGCGGUUGAUACCUUGACGAUAUUCUAUCAAAUCAAAGUGUUCUGGACGCAGCUGGCGUGGCCUGACAUAGAAGGAUCUUAUACCUUCAUAGCCAAAAUUAUAGAUGAUAUCUGUAAAUGCUCGAUCGCCUACGCGGACAAAAUGGCGAAAAAAGCAGAGCUGACGACAGAACUCGAGCAGCUCUCAGAGAGCAGCGUGUACGACAAGAAAUUCUUCGUAUCGACAGCGUGGUGUUUUGCGAUCAACAAUAUCGAUUAUAUUAGAACAUCGAUCGGGCCGUUGGCUAACGAUCUUGGACUGAAAAACAUCGUUGAUAUGCUAGCUGAGAAGAGGACACAGGAGGAAGCUGAAAGGUGUAGACAAACGUUGCAAUUGAUCAUUGACAACGCUACUGACACAGUGAAGAACAAGAUCAUUGAACUGCUGCAAGUGGUCGCCAACAAAAUGGCCCCUGCGAUGAACAGGUACCUAAUGGAGGGUGCAGAGUUAAUAGACACCACAAGCAACGCCAUGGAUCGGCUCCUACAAUAUUUAGACAGUAAUUUAACAACCUUGCACGACAACUUAAAUGAAGACAACUUUGAGAGAGUGCUUCUUGUGAUUUGGGAGAUCAUGUCAGAGACGCUGUACCAAUUAGUGAAUAGUAAUUUAGAGAAAAGAAGACCGCCAUCGUUCUACUCGAACCUGCACCGAACUCUCCACACCCUCAUCCGAUUUUUCAACGUGGGAGCAGAUGAAGCGGCGAACGUGAAAGUUUUAGAGAAGAUUGAACACCUUUUGGAGUUACACGGUUUGGAAACCGCCGAAUUGAUACAUCGUUAUCAUCAGGAAAGAUUGAAGGAACAGAACGAGAUGGAGGAGUCUGAACACGGGCAGCUAACUAUCAAGGCGCAAUUUGUGGACAAUUCUUUGAAUAUUCAGAUCUUGAAUGCUAGGAAGCUGCGACCUAUUGAUAGCAAUGGCGAUUUGGUAGGCAAGGUGUCUACUCUCAAGCGCAAGCUUCAUACAAAGACAAAAUCUAAACAAAGACUGAAAGAAUGGAAGACAAGUGCAUGUGACUCGUACGUGAAGGUGAGGCUUCUUCCUGAAGAGAAAUUCACCGAUGUGAAGCUUCCAAAAACACAUGUUCAAAAGGAAAACCUUUAUCCUCUGUUUGAUGAAGUUUUCAACAUUCCUCUAACCACAGAGCAGAGAUCAACAGAGGACGCCAUAAUAGCGUUUGAAUUAAAAGACAAAGACUUUCUGAGGUCAAGGUUCAUGGCGGAGGCAUUUUUACCCUUCAGUGAAGUCCCUGAAACUGGGCCAGAUAAAGGAAUAGAGACUCUCGACCAAAUUCAUCUGAAACUUUCGCGACCAACGAGUAGAAAUACAGAAACAAUUCAAGCACUGAAGCAAAGGAAAGGAGACAAUCAAGCAACUGAAUUUUUGUCGAAGCUCAGUUCGAAGAUUGAUAGGAAGCAAUAGUUUUUUAUUGUUGAUAUUGUUUUAUAUUACAACGAACAUGGCUGCUGAUUCGUAAUGAACACUAAUGUAUCUUUUGAUCGACUUUUUUUAAAUAAUUUAUUUAUAGAAUAUUUAAAACUUGCAUUUUUUUUUAAUCAAAAAUUGAUUUCAUUUAGUUCACAUCCAAGUAUACGUUUCUUCAUCGCAUUAAAAAUAUUUAUAAGAAAUCAUAGGAGUAUUUUUAUAAAAUGGUCAGAGAAGUCAUUUAGGCUGUGUGUUAGUGUGUCGUACUUGAUGGAACAUCGAAUAUCGCAUUUCAAGACUAGGGAAUAAUUGCAAGGCUGAGUAAAGUGCUACUUAUGAACAAAUAUAAGCUUAUCGUUGUAAUUAAAAUUUGCUGAAGACCCGAAGCAAUGUUUGUAGAAUAUGUGUACAUACGAUCAUGAAACGAAUCUUUUUAUAUCAAAUCGCACAAAUAGUAUGCACCGAUUUUAAAGAAAUACUCUUUGUAUAUAGCAUAUUUCGUUUGAGGCAAACGUUUUAAGAGAUAUAAGAUCAUCCUAUUUUACAUAACGCGUAUAUUUGUACGAGAAGUGUCACGAAUAAAUUAUAUGACAUUCGAAA